GACUUUUCACGUGUACAUCCUCAUGUUAUAAACAAGAAAUGUUACUGCCUGUUAUAGUAUUCAAUGUUCGUCUUGGGAUGAGGUUAUUCAUGUGCUGCUAGACUUAGUUUCAUUUGGAGUAUAUACCGUUAUGGAACUAUUAGACAGCGAUUUUGGGAAUUCCCAUAAUUCACAUUAUGAAGACUUUGACAGUGGCUGCUCWUGUCUUCCAUCUUCUCCAAGUAACUGCAGUGAUUUUUCGUGCUCAAGUCUGGAUAACUUUGGCGAGGACUGGACAAUAAGAAGAGGAGAUGCUAUUAAAAUGGGCCAAUCGUUUCUAGAUGGUGGCCCAGUGCUUAACCCCUUCAUAAGUAUCAAGGCUGACAAUGACAUUGAUGAAUAUAGAACUGACACUUUGUUGAUUCCUGAUAAUUUCCCAGAUCUUCUGGAUGGUGCAGUAACUAGUUGCACUCAAGUGGACUAUUUUGAUCAUUCCUUGGCAGAUUUAAGUAAAAAUGAAACAAAUUCAUCUUUAGACAUAUUGACAGAUGAAAGCUUUUAUGAUACUGCUAUAAACAUUACUCCAAGUAUAGUGAAGAAGUGUGAGCCUGAGUCAACAGAGAGUGAACUUUCAAGGAAAAGAAAUUAUAGUGAAAGUGAUCACACGUAUGCAAGCAAUACACAAAGACCGACCGAAAGUGUAUCUGUAAAGAAAAAAAAGCCUACCUCAAAUUCGAAUUCCAAGGAUGAAAAAUAUUGGGAAAAACGACAGAAAAAUAAUCUUGCUGCCAAACGCUCAAGAGAAAUGAAGAGAAGCAGAGAAAUUGAACUUGUUAAGAAAUCAACUUUAUUGGAGAAAGAAAAUGCAGACUUAAUGAAACAAAUGGAAAAGCUCAAAAAGCUUGUUCAUAAGCUUGAGAUGAAAUUAGAGAGGUGACUUCAAUAAUGUCAUUAAUUAAAAUUGUAAAUAGCUAACUGUAAACUUUAUAUCUCUAUGCUUACAUGCAUGCAUACAAAAGUAUUUGAUAUAUAUCUAUACAUACACUUGAUUGCAGAAAGGUUGUAGUAUGCAUUYAUACAAAUAUCUGAUGAGAUACAAGAUAUCAAACGAGAUGCACAAUUUAAAACAUGCGUAAAUGCGAUUGCUUAUAGCCACACCAUUUUGUGAAAAAAAGUUUUUAACUUGAGUUUGUGUAAUACGUAUGUCUCUGAUACAAUAGAAGAUAAUGAAGACCAAAUAAGUUACUUUUUAAAUUGUGCAUCUCAUUUGAUAUCUUGCAUCUCAUUAGAUAUAUGUAUAAAAUUUAAUGUAUACUACAACCUUUCUGCAAUCAAGUGUAUAUAUUAUAUAUGUAUGUUAGAUAUUAGUGAUUUUUUCUAUACAUGGAUUAUUAUAUGUGUUUUUUAAAAGUUUGAAUUCCAGAGAAGUGACUUUUAGUCAUUAUAGCUUGAAAUAUAAGCUUGUGAAUCAGGAAUAUAUUUGAUUCAUGUAUAUAUCUAUAAAUUUGGAUUAUACUUAGCAAGACAUUGAGUAUAAUGAUAUUGCCAUGAUAGAUAAAUUCAAAUCCAAAUGUAUAAACAUGCAUAGCACAGUUCCUUAUGUUCCAAUGUUUUUCCAGGAAAUGUAAAUGGUACCUCACUAAUUAUUUGGUGAUGGAUUUAGGGACCAUGUUAAUCAAAGGGACUGUUACUGCAUGUAUAGUUAUAUUUGAAGGGCCAGAGGGCUAAAAAUCUUAAUUGUUAGAUCAAGACRGAACACUAAUUUUUUAGAUCUCCAUAUCAAAUUAUGAGGUUUGCUGAUGUUUAUUUUAAUUAUGCUCAAGUUAAGGUCUGUUAUAAAUGCRCAGCUAACAAAUUUAACAAUAUUGCUGUGUUGGUAAAUAAUUAUAUGACAAAUAAAAUAAUUAUGUUGA